AGCGAAGCCGGCGGGCGGCGGCCUGAACCCCCCGGCACGGAGCCCCCCACCUCGGCGCAGAGCCCACCCUGAGGAAUGAGCGCUUUCCAGGCAGACCUCCUCCUCCUCCUGCUCGCCUGCUUCCUGCUCAGCCACGAACUGGGGCUCCCAGGAAGAGGAUGCUGCCUAGUGCUGGGGUUCAUGUACAAGGAGAAGUACCGCAGGAUGACUGAAGGUCAAGCAUCCUCCUUCACUCAGCAGCCCCAGGACCAGGUGGUGAUCGCCGGGCAGCCCGUGACGCUGCUGUGUGCCAUCCCCGAGUACAAUGGCAUUGUGCUAUGGAUCAAGGACGGGCUUGCCCUCGGCGUCGGACGGGAUCUCUCCAGCUACCCGCGCUACCUGGUUGUAGGAGACCAUCUGUCUGGAGAGCAUCAUUUGAAAAUCCUGAGGGCUGACCUCCAGGAUGACGCUGUCUAUGAGUGCCAAGCCAUCCAAGCAGCGAUCCGAUCCCGACCGGCCCGGCUGACCGUCCUCGUUCCUCCAGAUGACCCCAUCAUUAUGGGGGGACCCAUCAUCAGCCUGAGAGCAGGGGACCCCCUCAACCUGACCUGCCACGCAGACAACGCCAAGCCAGCAGCCUCCAUCAUCUGGAUGCGGAAAGGAGAAGUCGUCAAUGGGGCCACCUACUCCAAGACCCUUCUCCGCGACGGCAAGAGGGAGAGCAUCAUGAGCACCCUUUUCAUCGCCCCCUCUGACAUUGAGAACGGGGAGAGCAUCGUCUGCCGUGCCACCAACAAAGCCAUCCCCAGUGGGAAGGAGACCUCAGUCACCAUUGACAUCCAGCACCCCCCCCUGGUGAACCUGUCUGUGGAGCCACAGCCGGUGCUGGAGGACAACACCGUCAAGUUCCACUGCUCUGCCAAGGCCAACCCCGCUGUCACGCAGUACAGGUGGGCGAAGAAAGGCCAGGUGAUAAAGGAAGCAUCCGGUGACUUCUAUGAAACCAUCGUGGAUCACACCUUCUUCUUCGAGCCCGUCUCCUGCGAGGUCACCAACGCGCUGGGCAGCACCAACAUCAGCAGGACUGUGGAUGUCUACUUUGGGCCCCGGAUGACGACAGAACCACAGUCCCUGCUCGUUGACCUGGGCUCCGAUGCCGUCUUCAACUGCGCCUGGACUGGGAACCCCUCCCUCACCAUCGUCUGGAUGAAGCGGGGCUCAGGCGUGGUCCUGAGCAAUGAGAACAAGCUGACGCUCAAGUCCGUCCGCCAGGAAGACGCUGGGAAAUACGUGUGCCGUGCUGUGGUGCCGCGGGUGGGCGCAGGGGAGCGCGAGGUGACACUCACUGUCAACGGGCCACCCAUCAUCUCCAGCACGCAGACCCAGCACGCCCUGCACGGCCAGAAGGGGCAGAUCAAGUGCUUCAUCCGCAGCACCCCUCCGCCCGACCGCAUUGCUUGGUCCUGGAAGGAGAAUGUCCUGGAAUCUGGGACCUCGGGGCGCUACACGGUGGAGACGGUCAGCACGGACGAGGGGGUCAUCUCCACACUGACCAUCAGCAACAUCGUCCGCGCUGAUUUCCAAACCAUUUACAACUGCACUGCGUGGAACAGCUUCGGCUCCGACACGGAGAUCAUCCGGCUCAAGGAGCAAGGUACGGAAAUGAAAUCAGGAGCUGGUAUGCAAGCAGAGUCGGUGCCGAUGGCGGUGAUCAUCGGGGUGGCCGUGGGGGCCGGCGUGGCAUUCCUGGUGCUGAUGGCCACCAUCGUCGCCUUCUGCUGUGCCCGCUCCCAGCGAAAUCUGAAAGGAGUGGUUUCUGCCAAGAAUGACAUCCGCGUGGAGAUCGUGCACAAGGAGCCGUCCUCGGGCAGGGAGACGGAGGAGCACCCCACCAUCAAGCAGCUGAUGAUGGACCGGGGUGAGUUCCAGCAGGACUCCGUGCUGAAGCAGCUCGAGGUGCUCAAGGAGGAGGAGAAGGAGUUCCAAAACCUAAAGGACCCCACCAACGGCUACUACAGCGUCAACACCUUCAAGGAGCACCACUCCACACCCACCAUCUCACUGUCGGGCUGCCCUGCGGACCUGCGGCCGGCCGGCAAGCAGCGCGUGCCCACAGGCAUGUCCUUCACCAACAUCUACAGCACGCUGAGCGGGCAGAGCCGCCUCUACGACUACAGCCAGCGCUUCGUGCUGGGCAUGGGCAGCAGCUCCAUCGAGCUGUGCGAGCGUGAGUUCCAGCGCGGCUCCAUGAGCGACAGCAGCUCCUUCCUCGACACGCAGUGCGACAGCAGCAUCAGCAGCAGCGGCAAGCAGGACGGCUACGUGCAGUUUGACAAGGCCAGCAAAGCCUCCGCCUCCUCCUCCCACCAUUCCCAGUCUUCGUCCCAAAAUUCGGACCCCAGCCGGCCCCUGCAGAGGCGGAUGCAGACACACGUUUGAACCGCAGGGGACGAUGCGGUCCCCAAGGGGCUGCGGACCCCCAGGGACAGCGGUGCUGGAAUCAGGACCCAGGAGUGGGGCGAUGGGGCUGAGCACAACCCCGCUGAGGACACAGGGCUUGGGGACACCGCCAUCCCCAUGCCCACCCCACAGCUCCACUUGCCCCCACCCAGCCCCCUUCCUUCCUUCUUGGUGUUCGGUGUCCAUAAUUAUAAAGUCUGUUUUGGGGGGUCCUGUCGUGUGGGGUUUGGGGUGGGGGGAACACGCCAGCAGGGACGGGAACCCCCCCGAGUGCCCCGGGAAGGGCCUCACCGCGCUGUAUCGCGGGCAAUACAAGAGGUGUUUCUCGUGGCAUGCCUGGGCUGAUGGCCUCGCCACCAUGAAGACUGCAAGGGCAGCGUCCU